GUGCGGGGAAUCGAAUCGUGGAGAGAGAAGUCAGUUUCGGUUCGCAGCAGUGUUGGUAUCAACAUGGCUACGGUGGCAAGUGACUAAGAGUGAUUUUUGCGCCGUUCAGACGCAGCUGCUUCCAUUUGGCCCAAAACAAAGCCAAAAACCCCUUGCAAAGCCCUUCCGAGAGCAGAUCUGCGGCUUGUCAAAAAUUUUGACUGGCUUCCGUCUUGCGUGAGCAUCGAAGUCGCCGGAUUUUUUCGCGAGAGCAGCGUUCAGCUGAACCGGAGCGGAAAAUUGGACUGGAGUUGGCUCGAAUUUGCCGGUUUUUCAUCGAUUAGGACUUGGACGUCCACGGUCUUUUUGCUUCGGACUGUUCGCGUACGUGCGGAAUCGAGGCAGGUUUUGAAUUUCUCACGAUGCUGCAAAAUUACAAAGCCAUGUACCGACCUAAUUUUUACGAGAGUACCUGCUUGAGGUGCAACGAGACGGUGUAUCAGGUGGAUCGUGUGGGACCUUUGAAGGAUUUCACGUUCUUCCAUAGUGGAUGCUUUAAGUGCGCGGUUUGUGGUACGAAAUUGACGUUGAAGACGUAUUAUAACAACCAGCACAGACAGGAGGAUAAAGAGGUGUAUUGCAACAGUCACGUGCCCAAAAUUGGACCGGGACAUCUGGAUGGGUCCUCGGUUGGAAUCAGGUCGGCGCUUAACGUGCCCAAGUCCUCCAAUUUUGUCAAUGAACAGAUCAGAGGUCCGGGCAGGGGCAUCUACGAACCGGAAAUCCUCCACGUUCGCACCCACCUCAACGGCGGCUACCACCAACAGUCGUCGCCGCCGGGAUACGGGAACGACAGGCACUCAGGACCACAGUAUAGUCCCAACUCGUACCAUCAUCACAACAACCAUGGAGACUCACCUGGGUAUCAGUACGGGCGUUUCGACGCCAGCGCCCUUCACAUAGCACACGCCCUUAAGCAGACGGAGCUGCAAAAGGCUUAUCGGAUGAAUAGGGAAAAGCCCAUCGACUGUUAUUUGGACCGUGACGAACAGAAACGCUUAGAAAUGAAACAUCGGAAAGAAGAAGACGACCUUUAUAGAAAAUUCGCACGACAAAGGGAAGAGGAAGAAAGACGAAUCAGGGACGAAUUUCGGGACGAAUGGGAAAAGGAACUGGAAAGGCUAACGAGUCGAUUUGAAAGGGAAAUGCAAAUGAAACGGAAACGCGACGACCAAAAUGUGCUCACGCUGAGGCAUCAGCAAGAGAAGGAGGACUUGGAGAAAAAUAUGACGUUACGGAGGGACAAGAAGAAAGAGUCACUUACAAGGAAGAUGCUAGAACAUGAAAGGGCGGCGACUGCAGCACUCGUCGAGAAGCAGAGUCACGAAAUGCUCGAACUUAUCAACGAAAAACGAAGCGAAUACAUGCAAGCCGAAUCGCUCUACUUAGAUAGCAACGACGGAUACACCGAAGAACACGUCCAACCUUACCCGAGUCACGCUCCAGCACCAGCACCUCCUGCCCUCAGCAAGUACCAGGUCUACAACGAUCCAGUCGAAUUCAGCAAUGUUGAUCAGAUCGCCAUUUCGGUUGCUCAAGAGGAUCAAAAGACUUUCACGGAUUUGGUCCGGCAAUUGGUGGGAAGAUGCGGCUCGGAUAUUGAAAAGGCGAGGACGAUAUUCAGAUGGAUUACAGUGAAAAACCUCAACACGAUGUCUUUCGACGACAACUUACGAGGUGACACUCCAAUGGGUCUCUUACGAGGUAUCAAAAACGGCACCGAAAGCUACCACGUCUUGUUCAAAAGACUGUGCAGUUACGCAGGUCUACACUGUGUGGUAAUCAAAGGUUAUUCAAAAUCGGCCGGAUAUCAACCUGGUGUAAGAUUUGAAGAUAACAGAUUCCGCAAUUCAUGGAAUGCUGUCUACGUAGCUGGAGCAUGGAGGUUCGUUCAAUGUAACUGGGGAGCGCGUCAUUUAGUCAACGCGAAAGAAGCUCCAAAGGCAGGAAACAAAACCAAAUCAGAUAGUCUAAGAUACGAAUACGAUGACCAUUACUUCCUGACUGACCCGAAAGAAUUUAUAUACGAAUUCUUCCCGCUACAACAAGAAUGGCAAUUGCUCAAGAGCCCUAUAACCCUCCAGGAAUUCGAAGAAUUACCUUUCGUUCGAUCACUCUUCUUUCGAUAUGGCCUAUACUUUUCAGACUCAAAUACAAAAGCCGUUAUGUACACAGACUCAACGGGUGCGGCUACAGUCAGGAUAGCAAUGCCCGCACACAUGCAAGGCACCUUAAUCUUCCACUACAACUUAAAAUUCUACGACAGCGAUAGCGACAGCUUCGAUGGAGUAUCGUUAAAACGAUUCGUAAUGCAGUCUGUUGUUGGCAACAUGGUGGCAUUCCGAGUGCAUGCCCCUUGCAGUGGAGCUUUCCUAUUGGAUAUCUUUGCCAACGCUGUAACGCCAAAGGAGUAUCUGACUGGUGAACCAAUGAAGUUCAAGAGUGUUUGUAAAUUCAAAAUUUGUUGUGAAGAUUUACAAACUGUGAUGGUACCUCUGCCUGACUGCGCUAGUGGCGAAUGGGGACCGACUAAAGCUACAAGACUGUUUGGAUUAGUACCUAUCACACAUCAGGACGCACUCAUUUUCGCCGGACGUGAACUCGAACUACAGUUUAGAAUGUCGCGUCAGCUGACAGACUUCAUGGCCACUUUGCACAAGAACGGCGUGGAAGAGAAACGUUUGUCGAAAUUCGUUUCGCACAACGUUUCGGACGACAUAGUCACAUUUAGUAUAAGCUUCCCUGAAGAAGGACAGUACGGUUUGGAUAUUUAUACAAGAGAAAUGAUGUCGGUGUUGGAUUCAUCCGGCGAAAAGCACUUACUCACACACUGUUGCAAAUAUUUGAUAAACUCGUCGAAGAGGAAUUGAACGAGUCACUCAGUCACGUGGUUUACAUAACACAGUAUUUAUUGUCUUCUUAUACAAGUCGCUUAACACACUUGCCCGGAAUAAUCGUUACUAAUCGAUUAAUUCACUGAAGAAAAGUGCAAUAAUUACGAAGAGAAAAGCUUGUUGGAAAAAUUGUGGCUUCCCUAUUGGCCCGUUUAUAUUUUUAAUAACAAUUUAUAAAAUUACCAAUAUAUUUUAUAUGAUAUUUUAUUAAUGUUAUGAUGUUAAUGAUUUUAUAUUUUCGAUAAUAUGGACAGGUCUCGGCGUUCAAAAUUGCGAAGUUACCAUAAAUAAUUGGUUAAAUAGGCACUAAUUGCACGAGAACCGAAUCAAACGUUGAGAUCUGAAUACGUAACUCGGUCUAAAUAAAUGGCUUUAAAGUAAUAAUGUACCUUGAACAUACAUCUGAAGCUUAUUGUUCGUUAAAUUAAUAAAUGUACUUACUGGACAAUUAAAUAAAACUAUAUUUAUUUUU